CAAACGAAGGCGGUUACUAAAUUCGACUCUCGAGUUGAUUGUUUCAUUAUCACACGGUCGUACACAAACAAUACCAAACACACACACACACGCACUUACACGCUAAAUCCGAAUCGUUUAUGCCAUUAACUUCAUUAUCCAUGAGAAGACCGCAUUAUUUUCGUUCAACCGCUGCGCAUUGCGGCUCUCGAUUGUCGUUGGCGUGAACAGUGAAUUUUGUUUUGAGUAAUUUAAAAAAUACAUACCUAAUCACAUUCAACGACACAGAGCCGGCCCAGAAAGAUUUUCAAAAUUGUUUAGCUAGUUGGUACGUAUUUGUACGUUUUGAAAUGGGCACUCCUCAACUUAAUGGCAACACUCAAUGUUUGACUUUGGUGAAAAUCGUUAAACUCGACUUGAACCAAGAAAACGAUUCAAACAAUGCGGUUGAAUUUUCGCCAGCUUACAUCACCACCAUCAACACUUGCAGCACCGCUGAAAGUGGUGUAGUCUCUCAAGGAACACAGUUUCAGUUAUUAGAUACUAAAAGCGAAGUAAUUGCUGAGUUUACACCAGAUUAUUCAGUAGAUUAUUGCAAAAUAUCUAAAGAUAAAUAUGCUGUACAAAUCAACGAUUAUACAUACACUCUCCAAUUUAGAACCCACAUAGACCUAUUCGAAUUUACUGCUUCAUUGGCUCGUGCAAAAAAAGGCAAUCACAUUUCAGUCUUCUCAAAUCGUACCGAUGAAGCGUCGGCCACACAAUAUUUCCAGUUUUAUGGAUAUUUAUCACAACAACAAAAUAUGUUACAAGAUUACAUACGUACAAGCACGUAUCAAAAAGCAGUAUUGGUUAAUACUGGAGAUUUUACUGACAAAAUCAUAUUGGACGUUGGGGCCGGUUCAGGAAUUUUAUCAUUUUUCUCUGUACAAGCUGGUGCUAAAAAAGUGUAUGCCGUUGAAGCUAGCUCUAUGGCACAACAUGCUCAGUCAUUAGUAAAUGCCAACAAUCUAAGUGAUAAAAUAAUUGUUAUUCCUGGAAAAAUUGAAGAAAUUGAACUGCCGGAAAAAGUAGACGUCAUUAUAUCAGAACCAAUGGGUUAUAUGUUGUACAAUGAAAGAAUGCUUGAAACAUAUUUACAUGCAAAGAAAUGGCUUAAGCCUGGUGGUAAAAUGUAUCCUAGUAAAGGUGAUUUGCAUAUAGCACCGUUCACAGAUGAUGCAUUGUUUAUGGAACAAACAAACAAAGCGAGUUUCUGGGUUCAAUCGUGUUUCCAUGGUGUUGAUUUGAGCUCACUGCGUGAUGUAGCUAUGCGUGAAUAUUUUAGACAACCUAUAGUGGAUACUUUCGAUAUACGAAUUUGUCUAGCGAAAUCAGUCAAACACAGUUUAGACUUUCUAACUGCCGAUGAACAAGAAUUGCAUAAAAUCGAUAUACCGCUCGAAUUUUAUAUACUUGAAUCAGGAACUGUUCAUGGACUUGCAUUUUGGUUUGAUGUUGCGUUCCAAGGUUCAAAUCAAACUUUAUGGUUGUCUACUUCACCCACUGAAGCAUUAACUCAUUGGUAUCAAGUGCGGUGUCUUUUAGAAAAACCCAUUUUUGUUAAAGUUGGCCAAGUACUAACCGGUACUGUAUGUCUUCAAGCUAAUGUUAGACAAAGCUAUGAUGUUUUAAUGACUUUAAUGAUUGACGGCCUACCUCAUACUAGUUCUUCAAACAAUUUGGAUCUUAAAAACCCAUACUUUAGGUACACUGGUCAGCCACCACAACCACCACCCGGCGUUAACACAAUAUCCCCAAGUGAAAGUUAUUGGGCUAAUAUUGACCUUCAAAGUACAUCCGCGUUAGUCAAUGGUAUACCGUUAAAUGGAUAUGCCACAGACAUUGCCAUGGAUAUUUCACCGUCGCCAGUAGCCGUAGGCAAUAAUGGAAACCUUAUAAGUUUAGUUACAGUACCUCAACCUAAUAUUCAUCCAGGAUCUAUAAGCAGUACAGGACGGCAGCGCGUUAGUACAGCCACGUCUGCAGCAGCGGCUCAACUUAUAGGUGGAGGGAUAUCGCCUACCAUGUAUCAAAACCAAAACCAACAAUUAUUGUUAGGUGCAGCAUCAGCUACUGCUUCUGCAGGAAGUUCUGUCGCCGCUCCAAUGGUUAAUUUUCCUGUUAAUAAUGCCCUCAUGAUCGGGGAUUAUGUUGCACCUAAUGCUGGCAACGGGAGUUUGUUAAAUAUAUCAUAUCAUUGAUAAUCGUAUGCUUUUAACUGUACAUUGUAAUUCAUUUCUGUGCUGUAUCGUUGCUGGAAAACUUGCUUCUUUUUACGAGAGAGUCUUUUUUCUUUUAUUUUAUUGUAAAUGACUAAAACUAAGACAAUUUUUAUACAAUCAUGAAUAGUCAAAUUAUGAUAUGAAAAUUGGUUAGCAAUGAUAAGAUAACAGUUAAAAAGUUGGAAUGAAUCUUGUCAACGUUUUUAACCAAAUAGUUUUCAUUUAAUAAAAAAUACUUGAAUAAUAUCAAUUGUCAAACUAUUCAAAGCUCACUAAUUGAUUGUAAUAGUUGGGACAUUCUAGGAGUCCUCGUCAUUUAAUUAUUUUAUUAUAUAACAUUGUAAAUUUGUGAGAUUACUGAAAAGAAAAGCAAUAUGUAUUAGAAUAUACUGAAGUAUUUUAUUUUGUGUAUGUAUAUACAAUACAAAUUUAUUUCGUAUAAUAAUUUAGAUAAUAUAAUUGCCAAUUUAAUAAGCUA